UUUGGCUCUGAACGGACGGAAACGCCGAGCGAAUUCGGGGGGCAGAGGGUGGGGGGAGGGAAGCUCGGAGCCCGGGGGAGGAGCUUGAGCGCUGGCCGCCGUCCCUGUCCUGCUAGAGAUCAGAGAUCGGGUCCAGCCAAGUCUCCGGGUACUGUCGUACCGUCCUGCUUCCAUCCGCCGCGUUUCUAGACGGACCAGGCGCCCGCUUGCUUGCCUGCCGGCCUGCCUCUCAAACCGGCUGCGGGGAAUGGAAGCGGAGAACACGGGCAGCUAUUCCUUUCAGCAAGCUCAAGCUUUUUAUCCAUUUCCAUUUCAACACAUGAUGGCUGAAGCUCCUCCUAUGACAGUCAUGAGUGAACAGCAGCAGAUGCCAGCAGAGCUUCCAGACCCCACUCCUGCUCAGGAACCUGUGCAAGAGACUCCAAAAGGGAGGAAAAGAAAACCCAGAACAACAGAACCCAAAAAGCUAGCGGAACCAAAAAAACCUGCUGAGGCAAAAAAAUCAAGUAAGGCCAAGAAAUCAAAAGAAAAGCAAGAGAAAAUCACAGACACGUUUAAAGUAAAAAGGAAAGUAGACCGUUUCAACGGGGUUUCAGAAGCUGAACUUCUGACCAAGACCCUCCCCGACAUUUUGACAUUCAACCUGGACAUUGUGAUCAUUGGUAUAAACCCAGGACUUAUGGCUGCUUAUAAAGGGCAUCAUUACCCUGGACCUGGAAACCAUUUUUGGAAAUGUUUGUUUAUGUCGGGGCUUAGUGAGGUCCAACUGAAUCAUAUGGAUGACCACACUUUACCAGGGAAGUAUGGCAUUGGAUUUACCAAUAUGGUAGAAAGGACAACACCGGGAAGCAAGGAUCUUUCCAGUAAAGAAUUCCGUGAAGGAGGACGUAUUCUAGUGCAGAAGUUACAGAAAUAUCAACCACGGAUAGCAGUAUUUAAUGGGAAAUGUAUUUAUGAAAUUUUUAGUAAAGAAGUUUUUGGAGUGAAGGUUAAGAACUUAGAAUUUGGUCUUCAACCCCAUAAGAUUCCAGACACAGAAACUCUCUGCUAUGUGAUGCCAUCAUCCAGUGCAAGAUGUGCCCAGUUUCCUCGAGCCCAGGACAAGGUGCAUUACUACAUUAAGUUGAAGGACUUAAGAGAUCAGCUGAAAGGCAUUGAACGAAACACAGAUGUUCAGGAAGUACAGUACACAUUUGACCUACAGCUGGCCCAAGAGGAUGCAAAGAAGAUGGCUGUUAAGGAAGAAAAAUAUGACCCAGGUUACGAAGCUGCGUAUGGUGGUGCUUACAGUGAGAACCUGUGCAGCAAUGACCCUUGCAGCUUCCCUUCAAAUGGGCUGACAGCUGAUAGUGGAGAAAUGACUUUCAGUGACAUUCCAAAUGGGCAGUGGAUGGCCCAGCCGUUUACCGACCAGAUUCCUUCCUUCAGUAAUCACAGUGGGGCACAAGGACAAGAAGAAGGAAACCAUGCUUAAUGGUUUUACUCAGCUCUGCUUAAAUGCUGCAGUUUUAAUGCAGUUAUCAAGACGUGGCCCUCAGUUUGCUAAAUGACGUACUUUAAUUCGUCUUUUACUCUAGUGCUAUAGUCAAGGUACAGUUGUGUGGUAGAGUCAACUGUAUGAACCCAAGUAGUGUGGAAAGGCAAAGUUAGGGGAUUUUGUAUGAGUUUUUAUAUAUAUAUAUAUUUGAAUUAACCAUCAUUCCAGCUUUUUAUAAAUUGUGUUUCAUUUAUGAAGAACUUGAUUUUCUCUUGGGAGUUACUCUUAACCUAUAAUUUAAAAAUAUAACUCGUCAAAUAUUUAUGCUUAUUGAUGAACUGCUGGUAAAACCAGAUCUCCUCCCACUAUCCCUCUUCUGCCCGAGAAGAUCACACUAAUGAUGUGCAUUGUCCCUGGUAAAAAGGCAGAUGUGUUGGCUUUCCUGUGCCAAGAUGGAGUCUCAGCUGGCAGAGUUUAGAGAUGCUCAGUGGUCUUCCUGAGUCAUACUCACACUCAGACCUCUGCCUCACCAGUGUGUGCAUCUGUGAGAGCUGCUCGGUAGAAACUCAAGAGUGUGGUCUUCCGGCUGCAAGGCUGGUCUCCUUGCCCCUCUGUAUUAAUCCUCUAGUCAAAAGAAGCUAUUUUGCUAGAAAGGUAAAUUCCAGAGAAAGCAAUCCAUCUUUUAAACCGUGUUCUUCAUCUCUAUUUUCUGUGAGAGACAUAUAUUUGAUGGGGAAAAAACCUGAAUUUUUCUUCAGUGUCUUACCACCAUUCUGAUUUUAUCCUCCCUAUCUCUAAGGACAAAACACAUAAAAUACUAAAACUGCCAGGCUGAGCUGUGCGGUGCUGGAGGAGUCUGAUCAUCUAACUUAAAAUGAUGCUUUAUGUACACGAGAUGUACUGAAACCAUCCAGGAUUUUUUUUCUUGGUAGGCAAAUCUCAUAAACCAAUUAUUAUUAUUUCUUAAAUCUUUCUCUGAAUCAUUGCUGUUUGCUACUAAGUGGCCCUCAGGGCAAGGUUAGCUUGGAGCAUUGCACCUAUGUGGUUUCCCAGUGCAUUUUCCAUGGUGCUACAGGCAACCCGGACAGUAUCACCUGCCGUUGGCAUCCACUCCUGACCACAGCGGAAUAUUCUGACUUCAUCCAUACCCAAGGCUUGCAUGCUAUUUAAUUUAAUUUUUCAAUAUUAAAGUAUUUAUGAAGUUUUGUUUUCUUUUUAAGGAGAUAAUAUGGCCUGUUCUCUUUAUGAUGAGAGGAAGUCGUAUUGUGAAUCUUAACAUGCCUCUUAGCUGUGACUGUAUACUGGGUUUUAUUUUCCCGUUAGUCUAGGUCACUGUGUAAAAGUCAUUCUCAUGUCACUGAAAUCAUGUACUGUACUGCUGUUUACAUGGAUGUGUUGUGCGGGUGCUUUGAAGUGCCUUGCAUCAGGGAUUAGGAGCAAUUGAAUUAUUUUUUCAUGGGAUUAUGUAAAGCAUGUAACUAGUUAUUGCUUUGGUAUAUAAUUAUUGUAGUAGUUUUUUGAAUGGAGAAAAAUACCCUUUAAAUUAGUGACAGGUACUCACUGGGUUUGAGGAUUUUUCCACACAUACAAUAUUGGUGUUUUUCCACAGAUAUGGUGGAUGAAUAGUAAGGUGAUAUAUCUUGUAUGUGACAGUAUAAGACUUUUUCAUUAAAUAAUAUUGAAAAGGUUUUUAAGUUCA